AUGGAUGUAUCUGGAAAAUCAUCAGCCAAUGUUAUUUACCUGUCUUCGAUACUGGGCCAUCGUGAUGGGCCCGGCCCGUGUCACAAAUGUGACUACAAAUGCGAGAACUAUAACGUUUUUGGGAACAUGUACCGUUGCAAGUUAACCGUGGCAGGAUGUUCCCGAAUCCCGCUCUCCUCGGUUGAGGAGCAGGCGGUUAGAGGAGUUCGUAGGAAGCUUGAUGAUGAGAGUGAGGCUUCUGAGAGCUGUUUUGUUAAGCGUCGUCGACGUUCUUCUCCUUUUGAGAGGUCUUUUGGUGUUGUGAGCCCGAUUUGCAGCCCAGCUGGAGAUGGAAUGGAGAUUAAUUAG